AUGAAUAGCCCAUACCAGCAGCCGCAAUAUCAUCUUCAACAACAGCAACAGCAACAGCAACAGCAGAGCCGAGUGUUGCCUUCACCUUCUGUGUCCUUGAAUUCGGACGAUUACGCGACGCAGCGCGAUUAUAACAACGGUGGAGAAGCCCCGAUCUCUGUCAGUUCCUCGACGGGACAGAGUCAGCAGGAACAACAAAGCGAGCAGGCCUCGGUAUCUGCCUCAGGAGCCUCCGAAUCGGUCGAAGGCUCCUUCUCCCCACAGCCAGAACAUGAGUCAGGUUUGAGGUUCAAGGUUACAUUAGAUGCGCAGACAGCAGCCAUGCAGCAUCAAGGCGACACUCCUGUCACCUAUCUCAAUAAAGGCCAAUUCUAUACGGUGACGCUUCAGGAUACGGAGGAGUACGAUGGCGAUAUCUGCAGUGUGAUCAAGGUCACUUUCCAUGAGGAGCCUCACAGGAAAAUGGCGGCUCGGUACUGGAGUUUUUGGCUGAGCCAGCAGGCGACCCCAAAGACUGCUCGAGCCUUGGACAUUGAAAAGGCGUCGUCGACGGGUAUGACGGAGGUGCAGUCCAAGACGUUUGACAGGAUCUCGUUCAAGUGGAAUGGCAAGGUUGGGGCUAAGUUGAUGGUCCGGUUCAAUUGUUUGUCGACGGACUUCUCACGCAUCAAGGGUGUCAAAGGAAUUCCUUUGCGUGUUCAUAUGGAUACGAUCCUUGACGGGAGCACGCUCGAUAGCGGCGAUCAGGAACAGCAGCUUGAGCGGUCUUAUGCCAAAAUCAAGCUCUUCCGAGACAAGGGCGCGGAGAGGAAGAACAAGGAUGACCACAAGCACCUUGAAAGGAUGUGGGAUAAGAUGAGGGGCAAGAACGCAGACACGAAUCCGCUCUCCCAAGUACUCGCGCCCGUCCAGAGUGUGUCCGCCUUCUGGGAAUGCUUCGAUCAUCAGGAAGACUCAGCGGAGGACGAGACAUUGGGUCUUUCCGAAACCCUGGCUCAGGAAUCACUCGACUCGGACCCCAGCCAUUCUUCAGUGAAUGCAUUGGAUGUCACGGGUUCCGCGAGUGCACCUUUGACGGGCACUGACGAAAAUGGCGGACUGUCCUUGUCCGGGGACUCGAACGCGCUUGCCCCUGCAUCUAGGAAGCGACGCCGACCCAACGAUGCCGGCGGGGGCAGCGGUACUACGGGCAUCUCGGGCGCAUUAGAGCGCUCAUCGCAAUACGGAAGCAAUGAUGAGCCUGGAUCGUCCGACCAGCUUCUGGACAAGGAUCCGACGUACGUGCCUCAGAUGCGGAAAAAGAAGCAGCCGGCGCUAUGUCUUUACAUCAAGAUCGGAGGCGAGGCGGUGUAUCGAGCGGUAUAUCUAGAGAAAUUGACGCUCUCGGAGCUCAUACAGAAGCUAUCGGAGAAGCUUGAGAUCCAGUCAUCAACAAUCUCGGGUGUUUACCGUAAGACAACGAAGAAGGAGUUAAUGGUACGGGUGGACGAUUCGAUGGUCGCGCAGAUGACGGACGAGUUGGAUAUGGUUGUAGAAUAUGAUUUCAACCAGCAGGACGGAAGCGUCAACCUCACAUUGAAAUACUGA